CCGGCCUUGGGGCUCUACGAGCAUGGCGGGCCCAGGGUCGCGACCACGGAGCUGGGGCUGGAGGGAGACGGGCUCUGGGGACGAGGCUGCGGCCGGUGGACCCGGCCCGGGACUGUGUCGCUGCGCACAAGGGAGGCGGGCUCUGGCCGCCCCCCGGAAGCCGGCUGUGCCCGCCGCGUGGACAUCCUUCAUGGCGGCUGAGGAAAUGCAUUGGCCUGCCCCCAUGAAGGCCAUCGGUGCCCAGAAUCUGCUGACUAUGCCUGGUGGUGUGGCUAAGGCUGGCUACCUGCACAAGAAGGGCGGAACCCAGCUGCAACUGCUCAAAUGGCCCCUACGCUUCGUGAUCAUCCACAAGCGCUGCAUCUACUACUUCAAGACCAGCACCUCUGCCUCUCCUCAGGGUGCCUUCUCCCUGAGUGGCUACAACCGAGUGAUGCGGGCAGCCGAGGAGACGACAUCCAACAAUGUCUUCCCAUUCAAGAUCAUUCACAUCAGCAAGAAGCACCGCACGUGGUUCUUCUCAGCCUCCUCUGAGGAUGAGCGCAAGAGCUGGAUGGCCUUGCUACGCAAGGAAAUUGGCCACUUCCAUGAGAAAAAGGAGCUACCUCUAGAUACCAGCGACUCCAGCUCAGACACGGACAGCUUCUACGGUGCAGUUGAGCGACCUGUAGAUAUCAGCCUCUCUCCAUACCCCACCGAUAAUGAAGACUAUGAACAUGAAGAUGACGAUGACUCGUACUUGGAGCCUGACUCCCCGGGACCCAUGAAGCUUGAGGAUGCCCUGACACAUCCACCAGCCUACCCACCACCCCCUGUGCCUGUACCUCGGAAGCCAACCUUCUCUGAUUUGCCCCGUGCCCAUUCCUUCACCUCCAAAAGCCCAAGCCCCUUACUUCCACCCCCACCUCCUAAGCGAAGCCUUCCAGAUGCUAGCCUUGCCCCUGAGGAUGCUAAGAAAGACCCAUUGGGCCCGAGGCGAGUAGAGCCUGCCCUCAGAGUGCCUGCUACCCCUCGGAGGAUGAGUGACCCUCCACUGGGCAAUGUACCCACCAUGCCCAGCCUCCGGAAACCUUGCUUCCGAGACAGUGUGAACCCCAACCCAGAACCCUGGACCCCUGGACAUGGGACUAGCUGUGCCUCCGGCUCUACCAAUAUGGCCAUUGCCACCUCUAGGAACUGCGACAAACUCAAGUCCUUUCACCUGUCUUCCCGGGGGCCACCCACAUCUGAGCCCCCACCCGUGCCUGCUAAUAAGCCCAAGUUCCUGAAGAUACCUGAAGAAGCUUCCUCGAGGGAGGCAGCCAAGCCUGGACUCUUUGUACCCCCUGUGGCUCCUAGGCCUCCUGUGCAGAAGAUGCCUAUCCCUGAGGCUUCAGUUCGGCCUGCAGUGCUACCUAGACCAGAAAAGACACCUCUUCCCCACCUCCAGCGAUCACCCCCCGAUGGACAGAGUUUCAGGAGCUUCUCCUUUGAAAAGGCCCGACAGCCCUCACAGGCUGGCACUGGCGAGGAGGACUCAGAUGAGGACUAUGAGAAGGUACCGCUGCCUAACUCAGUGUUUGUCAACACCACAGAAUCCUGUGAGGUAGAAAGGUUGUUCAAAGCUACAAAUCCCCGUGGGGAGCCUCAGGAUGGACUGUAUUGCAUUCGGAACUCCUCCACCAAGUCAGGGAAGGUCUUGGUUGUAUGGGAUGAAUCCUCCAACAAAGUGAGGAAUUACCGCAUCUUUGAGAAGGAUUCCAAGUUCUACCUGGAAGGUGAGGUUCUGUUUGCAAGUGUGGGCAGCAUGGUGGAGCACUACCACACUCACGUGCUGCCCAGCCAUCAAAGCCUGUUGCUGCGGCACCCGUAUGGUUACACUGGACCCAGGUGACAUCCAUUCCACACAGCUGUUGGUGGAAGCAGCGAUGGGGCCACAGCCCUGCCACGUAGAAGGAGACCGGCUUGCAUGGGAAGAUGAGCAGAAGUGGGCUUGACACCAGACCUCAUCAACAAGUGUCCCAGACUCAGUGAACAGACCGGGUCCCAGGCUGGAGCAGGCCACAACUACCAGAAGACUGGCUGGUUGACUUGGCCCAUCCAGCCCCUCCAUGUCCCACCUCUCAAGAAUCCAGGGCUGAUGACGAAGUGCUUCCUGAGCCUUGAGGACACAAAAUCUGGUCCCCAUAGCAUACCCACCCUGUAGUGGGCUGGGACCAAACAAGGCUGGGGCAGUUAGAUGGGGUCUAAGGCUUAGCAAUGAUAAGACUCAAGGAGGGACCACCCUCUUAAGAAAUCAGAGAUGACCCUUGUCUCAAUGGCCAGGGUUUGAUUGGCACUGAGGGGACAGCAGGCUCUACUGAGCAUCACCAGUGUCCAGGUAGAGAGCUACUGGCAGCAGCCCUAAUGGGUGGGUGGUCUUUAGUCUUCUAGGUCCCAGGCUGCUAAGUGAACUGACUGGGGCCAUAGCUAAAUAAUAGAUCAGGAUCCAUCUGGAUCCGUCAGUCUUGGCUGGAGCCCAAACUCCAAAGCCACAGUUAACAGUUACUGAGUUCCUGCUGUGUGACUGGCGUGGUAUGCAGCUGGUUGUUGCCUGUGAGCAGCCUCUAGCUGGGUGUGGCUGUGCCUAGUCUGGAGCAGGCCAGUGAGUAUGAGGUGCUGGUGCUGGUGCGGUGUUCUGGGAAGCUGUGCAUGAGGGAGCCCGGAGGUUGGAACCCAGUGGGAGGGUCUAGGAAGAUUUCACAGGAAGUGCUGACUAGAAUGAGGCGGGUAAGUGGGGCUUUGAUAGGCCAAGGAUGGGUGGGGAUAAUGGCAUCCAGGUGUCCAAAUAGUUUGGGUGGUCCCAAUUGGUCCCCUCGGUUUUUCCCACGAAAUUCUUUCUGCCAGAUACAGCCAUUUAGACUGGAAUUUUUUUGUGUGUGACAAUAAAUGUGUCUGGAGGUCAGGGCUGGCAGAGACCUUGGCAUUAUCUGGCCUUCACUGUACUUUAUGUUGGAGAAGAAAGGUUUUUUCUUUUUUUAA